ACAGACUCAACACUUCGCGCGCGCUUUGUCGAACCCCUUGGCGCCACCGACACAGUUUAGGAGCUGCUAGCAGUGUACGUUUGUCGGAGCUGUCCGUGUAGUAGUAACCAGGCUUUGUGGGGUUUUGUUAGUAAACCACUUAUCUACAAACAUGACAAAUCUCUCAGUGGGCGCCAUAGAGGCUUUGGCAAAUGGCAGCGGUUGGAACGACGCAGUGCUUCAGUUGUUGAACAUUCGCAAGAUUGACGGUGGAAGCGGGCCCUCUCGCUUUAGGGUGAUGAUGAGCGAUGGACGACACACACUGUCAUCCUUCAUGCUCUCCACUCAGCUGAACUACAUGGCGGAGGAGAACAUCCUGGCCCCUAACUGUGUGUGCCUCCUCAAGAGGCAGGUGACGAAUAUGCUCAAGGAUGGACGACGAGUGGUAAUCAUUUUAGAAAUUGAUGUCCUCACGCCGGCUGAUGGGGUUAGCGGUAAAAUAGGAGACCCUACUCCUUAUGCUGAUGGUCAGAACAAAGGCCAGCAUCCGGCACAAGUCCCUGAAAGCAGACCACCUCUGCAGCAGCAGCAAAACAGAAAUGAAGUUUCUCAACCAGUGAAGAGAAAUUUAAAAAGCGACUUUACGAAGAAGGCUCCUUCUGCUUUGCCUGAUACUCCAGGGGCCAGCUCCAAAAUUGUGCCCAUCGCCAGUCUCAACCCCUACCAGUCCAAGUGGACGAUCCGUGCUCGUGUAACCAACAAGAGCAGCAUUCGUACAUGGAGCAACGCUCGUGGAGAUGGAAAACUCUUCUCUAUGGAGAUUGUGGAUGACAGUGGAGAGAUCAGAGUGACUGGUUUUAAUCAAGAAGUCGACAAGUUCCACUCUCUGAUUGAGGUUGGGAAGGUCUACUACAUCUCCAAGGGCUCCCUGAAGAUUGCAAACAAGCAGUACACAUCAGUGAAGAAUGACUAUGAAAUGACUCUCAACGGAGAGUCCAGCAUCAUUCCCUGUGAGGACAGCUGUGAUAUUCCCAUGGUGCAGUGUGACUUUGUCUCCAUUGGGGACUUGGAAAACAGAGACAAAGACACCAUUGUUGACGUGAUUGGAGUGUGCAAGAGCGUGGAUGAGGUGACCCGGCUGACAACCAAGUCUAACCGUGAAGUAUCCAAGAGAACAUUGAGUCUGAUGGACAUGUCUGGAAAGCUGGUGACUGUCACACUGUGGGGAGAGGAAGCAGAAACGUUCGAUGGUACUGGCCAGCCGAUAGUAGCCAUAAAGGCAGCAAAGCUCUCAGACUUCGGAGGCCGAUCGCUUUCUGCAUCCUUCAGCAGCACCUUGAUGAUUAACCCAGAUAUCCCAGAGGCAUACAAGCUCAGAGGCUGGUUUGACAAGGAAGGCCACACCAUGGAGGGCCAGUCCCUGACGGAGGCGAGAAGCGGCGGCAGAUUCAACGAAAACUGGAAGUCUUUGGGCGACGUGAAGUCGGAGCAGCUGGGACACGGCGACAAGGCUGACUACUACACCUGCAUAGCUACCAUUGUGUUUCUGCGCAAGGAGAACUGCCUUUAUCAGGCCUGCCCAAGCCAGGACUGCAACAAAAAAGUGGUUGACCAGCAGAACGGCAUGUUCCGCUGCGAGAAGUGCGAUAAGGAGUUUCCCAACUUCAAGUACCGGCUCAUUCUAUCUGCCAACAUUGCGGAUUAUGCCGACAACCAGUGGGUAACUUGCUUCCAGGAGAGCGCAGAAUCCAUUCUGGGCCAGAAUGUGGCUUACUUGGGCCAGCUCAAGGACUCGAAUGAAUCUGCAUUUGACGAGAUCUUUCAGCAAGCAAACUUCAACACUUUCAUCUUCCGCAACAGAGUAAAGCUGGAAACGUAUAACGACGAAUCCAGGAUUAAGGCCACAGUGAUGGAAGUGAAGCCUGUCGACCACAGAGAAUACAGCAAGAGGCUGAUCGUGAACAUACGAAAGAUGGGUGCCAAGUAGAAACUUCACCAUAACAGAUUGUUGGAUCUGAACCCCCAACCCCAACCUGUACAGGCUCUAAAUGACUUUCAUUUUCAACUUUUAUAUACUCACUUUAUUUUGGGUUUCCUGAAUUAUACAGCUAAAGUAAUUUUUGUCUUUAUUGAAUACUUAGAGGUUUGAUUAACUGUUUGUCUGUAAACAUAAAAUUGCUUUUGUCCCUUUUUUCUGUUUGUUUUUUGAUUUAAAAUUGUAGAGCAGAGACUGGGUCAGUAAGCCAUGGGCAAAAAGUGUUUCAAGUCAGCCAGCUGUUUGUGCGUGUGUUGUGGGGUUGGUGGGUGGCUGUCUUUAAGCAUAGACCAGCGGAGUCGCUAGCACUCUUUUUCACCCUCUGACGCACUUGCAUAAUGCCUAAACUGGACCUGCACAUUCCUGAUAAGAACAUUUAUUCUCCCACUCUUGUUUUUUUUUGGCACCAUUUCCCGCAUUCUUGCAAAACACAUGGAUGAUGCAGAAAAUGUGUUAUAUUGUGCUAAAGUCAAUGACAGUUUGUCUCUUUAGUCUUGUAGUUUCUUUUUUUUUUUUUCCCACAGUUGUAAAAAUAAAGAUGUUUGUAAUCAA